CACACACACACAGUCGGCCUCAUGAACGUGAAUUCCACGCAAAUGCUGAAAAAUACUUAAAGCGAUCAUUAUAACGUCCAUUUCUAGGCGACCGUGAAUGUUCAGAAGUUCCGUUAGAACGCUACAGUUACAUGAAAGAAAAAAAGUUCGAUUGAACUCGCAGCUGCAGAGUUUGGAUAAGCGGCACCGUGUGUGUGUGUGUGUGUGUGUUUCGCGGAAUUUUCACAAAUUUUCAAAAUAAUAACCUAGAACGAUAAGUAAUUAAAUGGUUCUGAAUAACGUCAAGAGAUCUGCACAGCACAGAUGUUGCAGGACAUGGAUCAGCGGCUGCAGGAGGAAGGGUUGGGUUCCUCGGCCUCCAGCGAUGAGCGUCUGUCUCUGCUGUGGCAGCUUUACACGAAAAGUGAAAGUACCGUGAGAUCCCUCAACCAGCAGAUACAAGAUCUGCAGAAGGAACGUGUUGCUGAGAUUGAAAAGGUUCAGCAAUAUAUCAAUCACAUUAAGAGUCUCACAAAGACCCGAGACUCUGUGGCUUUACAUCUCGAGCAAGAAAACAAAACGUUCCAUGCAACUCUGGAUGACAUCCAUCGGCAACAAGAAGCACAGAGGAGUGAGAUCUCCGAGAUGUUACUUCAGGAAGGUCUGGCUGAUAUUAUUCCCAUCAGCUUGAGUGAACAGGUGGCUUACCUCCUCGCAGACAGAGCCUCGCUGCUGGAGAAAAUACAAAGUCAGGAGAAUGUGGAUGUGAAGACCACAGAGGAUCCUGAUGUCCAACAGGAGGAUUGUAGAGAGAAUGUGGUCAAAGUGGCACCACCACACAUUCAGAGCCCUUGGAAGAGGCUCCUAGGACUCAGAAAGGCUGCUCAGAGUAAACCGAAAUUACUGCCUGCAGAUGACCUGCAGUGCAGUAGCGAUGACAAGCUGAAGGGACAGACGUUGCAGGAACUGGAGCGAGAUGUAGAAGAGGCGUCUGCUCGACUCACCAUGGCCCACAAAGAGAUCCGCAGGCUCACGGAUGAGCUGGAGUCGGCUCACCUGACACAAAAGGCUUAUGAACCAGAGCUGCAAGAAGCUCAAAUGGAAGUUGCACACCUGCGUCACGAAGUGGAGAAACUGAAAUGCUGUGAAGUUGCUGAAUUACAAAAAAUAAAAGAGAUGAACGAGAAACAGGAAGAAGAGCUGUGCUACCUUAGGGAGACUGUGAAGAGGCUACAGGCACAGGGUGUACAGUUGCUCGAAAUGACAGAAGCCCCUAACAGAACCGUCACUCCAUCCAAAGACAAGAAGCCACAGGAAGAGGAUAUCCAUAAACGGUGUCUUGACGAGAUGCAGGAGAGGUUACACAUGCUGCAAGAUCUGACGCAGGUCACGCUGAAGCUGCGGAUGGAGUUUGAGACGGAGGCCGACCUGCGGAGGAGGGCAGCGGAUGAAUGUGAAGAGCAGAAGAGGCAGAGGAUGGAAGCAGAGCGGUUAGUGCGAGACUUCCAGAACCUCUGUGAGAAACAGGCGGAUGAUUACAGGACCACCGUCGGCAGCCUUCAGGUGGAGAUCAGAGAUUUAGUAACUAAGUUACGAGAGCUUGAGGCACAGGAUGUGGAAAGACAAUGUGAAAAACACCUGAAGCAGGUGUCUUCUCUGGAGAAUGAAGUUUGCCAGCUGAAGGCUGUCCUUCAGGAGGAGCAGCAGAAGUCCGGGCAGCUGUCCAUGACCAUGCAGAUGGAAACUGACCAGGCCAGAGCUUUGGUCCAGUCCCAGAACGUCCAGCUUCAGCAAGAUGCAGAAGAGCAGAGGAGGAUGUUUGAGGAGCUGCAGGGCAUCCAGAACAUCCUCAGCACCACCAAACAAGAGCUGCUGUCCCAGAGGAGAAACAACACACGACUGCACAACAUCACUGACGCCGAGCAGGAAAACCUCAGGCUCCAACAAAACACCGAAGACUUGAGGAACAGACUAACCAGCAGUCAACAGGAGACUGACUCUCUGAGGACAGAACUUCAGCUAGCUCUAGUUAGCGUGGACACUGAGAGGAGGUACUAA